AUAAACUUGCUCGAACUCUAUUGUGAAAAUGUAUGGACCAGGAUAUGCUCCAUAUUAUGGUUCACCAUAUGGAGACCCAUGUUAUGGUCCGGCCUAUGGUCCAGCCUAUGGGCCUACUUAUGUUCAACCAAUUGCUCAACCAGUUUAUGUACAUGAUACACGUGCGGAAGAAGCCUGUUGUGCCGGAGCCUGCUGUAUGGCACUAUUCUGUUGUUGUGCAAUGAAUUCUUGAUAUGUGC